UUAUUUCCCAUAUGAUUUAAGAACAGAAACUUAGGGCAAUAAUUUCCAGGUAGUCAAAAACUUUAAAAAAACUCCAAAAUAAUACCCCCAAAAUUCGCAGAUAAAACAAUCUUCACUCCCACGAAUUCUUUCUCUUUCACUUUCUCCUCUUUCCAUCUCGCCGGGCGAUCUCUCUGAAUUUCUCUGUCGAAGGUGUUGUCCAGCCACACGCACCUCCAGUAUUCUUUUGUGUGCCUGCAACCUCUUGCCAACACAUGUAUUGGUAGGUGGCAAUGGUAAUAGAAAGCGGGAUCCAUUAAGCACCACGUGGAUAUAAGAUCAUCACUUUUAUUUGCAUUAUAAGUCCAGCUUGUGCCUGAUUUGUACUUGAAGGGUCUUCUGAGAAAUAGAGGACCCUUCAGACAGGAAUUUUUGGGUUAGCUUCAAGCUGUUAGCUACAAGACAAGUUCAUUUGCAUAGGUGGUUCGGGUAAAGGUGGUCGGUUUGAUAAACAUGCCAGCUGUACAAAAGCUUUAUAAUGCCUGUAAAGCAUCACUUUCUACUAAUGGACCCAUAUCAGAAGAUGCUCUUGAGAAAGUCCGUUCCCUCUUAGAAAAAAUCAAGCCGUCUGAUGUAGGUCUUGAGCAGGAGGCACAACUUGUCAGGAGUUGGAAAGGCACUAUGCCUGAGCGUAACGGGGGUUUACGACCAAUCCUGCCAAUCAAAUACCUGCACUUGCAUGAAUGUGAAAGCUUCACUAUGGGAAUAUUCUGCAUGCCACCUUCUUCAAUCAUUCCUUUACAUAACCAUCCUGGGAUGACAGUUUUAAGUAAGCUUAUAUAUGGUUCCUUACAUGUGAAAGCCUAUGAUUGGAUCGAUAGUCCAGGGCCUUCAGGUCCACCCGAAGGUGCAAGACCAGCUAAACUUUUUAAAGAUUGUGAGAUGACAGCUCCAUGUGGGACAACUACUCUGUAUCCGACCACUGGAGGCAAUAUUCAUUGCUUCAAAGCUGUAACCCCUUGUGCUAUUUUCGAUAUCCUUUCUCCACCCUACUCUUCUGAUGAUGGUCGUCACUGCACUUAUUUCCGAAGGUCUCCUCGAGUGGAUCUACCAGGUGAGCUCGAGGUGGAUGGUGAGAUGUUCACAGAGGUGACUUGGUUGGAAGAGUUUCAACCUCCAGAUGACUUUGUCAUCCAUCGAGGUCAAUACAAAGGUCGUACCAUCAAACCUUAGAGGAUGGUUCAUUUUUGGUUCUAUCGAUCUACUUUUGAAAUGCAGUGAUUAGUUGAUUUGGGCAUUAUUGAGGUGAAUUUGUUAUGUCUUAGACAAUGUGGGAAAUAAUGACUGGUGUUUUAUAUAGAAUAGGUCAUUUUCUGAUGUACAUAUCAAUAUUAAUUUAGAUCUCACCUUAAAUUAGUGCUUUUAAACUUGAUAGUCACUAUAUGAAUGAACACAUUAGGCAUCUGGUCAAAAGUUACAGGGAAGGCUGAUGAUGUUCUUAUAUCAGUGGUUUCGAGCAAA